CCGGAUGACGUCACGCCGGGCGCGCGGCCUCUCUCGCUGGGACGCGGCUCUGGCCUCCCUGCAUCCCGCGGGCCUCUCGCGGCGGCCAAUGGCAUCCCCGGCUUGGUGUCACUUCCGGCCGGGAGGCGCUCCCGAUUGGCUGCCCGCCUGAGGGAGGGCGAGGCGACACACCGCCGGCCGGCUGCUGCGGUCUCUUGGGAGAGUCCAAGAUGGCGGAGGUCAGGGCUGAAGGGCCAGCUGGGGGCAGCUGAAGGGGGAGCGAGGACUGUUCAUGGCCCUGGCCAGGGCCCAGGGCGGGCUGAGGGGCAGCCCCCUCCCUUGGGCUCCCUGUGGGGCCAGAGCCUGGGCUUUGCCCCCCUCCCUGGCUGGCCCCAUAGCCUCCCGUGGGCUCUCAAGAGACCACUCCGAGCCAGGGAAUGGCCCGGCCCACCACAGGUCGCCCACAGGCUUGUAUGAGCUGCUGCAGGUGCCAGCCAGCACCACCCAGGCCCAGAUCAAGACGGCCUACUACAAGCAGUCCUUCCUCUACCACCCGGACCGCAACGCUGGCAGCGAGGAGGCGGCCGAACGCUUCACCCGCAUCAGCGAGGCCUACCUGGUGCUGGGCAGUGUCACCCUGCGCAAGAAGUACGACCAGGGCAUCCUUAGCCAGCAGGACCUCCGCACCGCCGGGGAGCCCUCGGGAAAGGAGGGGGCGCCUGCCUCUCUGCCCACCUCUGCCAGGAAGUCCCAGACCUUCACGUCCAGCCCGUCCCCCGCCAAGCCCAUCUUCGAUUUCGACAAGUUCUUCCAGGCCCACUACGGCAAGCAGCUGGAGCGGGAGCGCGUCAUCCGGCAGCGGCGCCGGGAGUUGCAGAAGCGCCGAGAUGAGUCAGAGAAGAGGUGGCAUUUGGACGCGCUGAACGAAAUCGGCAUCGCCUUCCUCUUCUUCGCAACCUUGGCCCUCUUCUUCAGCAUGAGGAAGUGAGGGGCGGGAAGGAAAGCCAGCUUGCCCACCCUCUUUGAACUUGGGGAGGACUAGGCGGUUUUCUGGGAGCAAGCAAAACCAGCAGUGGUGCUGAAAGGUGUGCCUGCUCCUGCCAAAGGCUGCACUGUCUUUGCAGCAGGACAGAAAUCUCUUUCAGAAAGGUAGCAUCCUGCCAGCCUUGGGAAAUCUGCCUUUUUCCUGACGUUUUGGCUAUAGCCAUGGGUCACUCAGAGGGUAACAUUCACAUUUCAGAGGCGUUUUGAGCAUUAGCAGCAGAAAGCAACUCUCCGAAUGCUGAUUCUGAUUAAAAAUGCAUUUUACCUUGCCUUAGAAACCCUGGUCCUGCCAUUCUGUUGUUGAUGGUUUGGGGUUCGGUUGCUUAAUCUGUCUUUUGUGAAUUGAAACUUGAAUGGGUUUCCUCUCCCACACCCAACUGCACUUUGAGGAGACAUUUAAUUGUUUAGUCAGUGUCGAUAUCAAGCAUGGUGGGGAUUUGGAUGCCAGGAUCGCCUCUAGCAUGCUGUUCUCCCUUUCUCUGUUGGGAGGGUGGAAUUUAUCUUCAGAGGUGGGCUUUGCCGCCUUUAUCAAUUCUGGGGAGUUCCCCUGCAUUAGGGCCUCAAAGUUGCUUCAGAAUACGAAAGAGCAGAACUUGAACACUGUCAGCAAGUCUUUGGGUUGUGUUAACAGAUGCCUUUUUAGGCAACUUGAAGAGAGGAGAUCUCAAACCUGCACAGUGUGUGGUGUCUUCUAAUAAUGUUGCGAGAAUCAUGUCCUUUUGAGAUCACUGUUAAUGGGGAAACUGUGCCACACAAAAUCCUCACAGCUCUUGCAGUAUGGAAUGAGGGUGUUGUGGUUUGAUUUGUAUGUAUAUACAAGGGAUUCAAAUAAAUAAUGUGUAUGAGCUUUAUUUUAAUAUAUAAAGACACCAAGAAUGAGUUCAGAA